CGGUUUCAGCCCAGCAGUCUAUCGCUGCCUCCUCCAGCAGCAGUACCACAGUCAGAUCCGAGCUCCCGGUCGGUCUCUCCUCUCUCCUGGCUGCUCGGGCUGCACCACAUGCCUUUCUAGUCCCCCCCACCCCCCCCCACCACCCCGGACGCAUGGAAAUCUAACUUUUGCUCACUUGUGGAGGGCUGUGUGUGUUUUGCUGCUCCCUCGGUUUGAUGUCUGCUCAUGCGUCGGGAAUGCCAUGGCCACUCCGAGCGCACAGCAGCAGCACCAGGAUUAUUUCAGGUCUGUGAGCAGCGAGUCCACCACCUACAUGAUGGUGCCGGCCGCCGGGCCCAGCGCGCCCCGGCGCCGGGAAGCACCCUCCAAGACCUGGGUAGCGAUGGUGGUGAUCGUGGUGGUGGUGCUGCAGAUAGCCUCCACCACCGGGCUCUUCCUCUACCUGAACAUGUCCAUAUCGCAGGUGCGUAGCCAGGGUGUGACAGAGGAGCUGAAGUGCCUGAGCUUGCUGAACCUGAACCUGGAUAAAGACCAGGACAUCCCCGAGCAGCUGGCACAGCUCUUCGGAGAGCCGUGCAUCAAACUUGCCGAAGGCAUCAAAGCGUACAUCUCCAAGGUGACAGAAAACAUCAUCUCCAAACAAACCUUCAUAGAAGCGAGAACCAUGCCUCGCUCCUUCAACAACUCAGGGUCAAAGUUCAUGACCUCGGUGACCCAGAGGCCAUCUGCGCACUUGACCCUCCGAGACACGAGCUCUCAAGGGUUCCCUCCCUACCAGAUCCCCACGCCGGGUCUGCACCAGUCCUGUCGCCAUGUGGUGCGCACGUGGGCCAAUCAGAGCUUCGGAGCUCACCUGCACAACAUGACGCUGUCCAAUGGGAAGCUGAGGGUGCCUCAGGACGGGCGGUACUACCUGUACUCACAGGUGUAUUUCCGUUACCCAUCCCCGGCAGCCAGUGACGGAGACCAGCGCAGCGUCAGCCACCAGCUGGUUCAGUGCGUCUACAAGAAGACCUCCUACCCAAGCCCCAUACAGCUCCUGAAGGGGGUGGGGACAAAGUGCUGGGCUCCAGACGCAGAGUACGCCCUGCACUCCGUCUACCAGGGAGGCCUGUUUGAACUGAGGGCCGGCGACGAGCUCUUCGUCUCCGUCUCUUCCCCGACCAUGGUGAACGCCGACGACUCAUCCAGCUACUUUGGCGCCUUCCGCCUCGACCUCUGAGGAAGGGAGAGACAAACAGACGGUGGAGACAUUAGGGAGCCUUUGAGUUUGGAUCCUCACAGUUUGGGUACACUGGAGGAUGGGAGGCUUCGCUUGAGUCAAAAACAAGGAUAUGUGUCUUCCUUACUCUCCAUUAAGCCAAACUGAACUUUUCAGACUAAGAUAAAUGUGCAAUCACGCAAAAUAAAUGUGAGGAUUUCUGUUCAUAGAUGUCAAAAAGAGACAGAAAAAAAAUCUUACCAGCCCAAAGAAUUCGGCCGUCCAAAACAACACACGAGUCGCCCACAUCUGCAGCCUUUAUGUGGGAAGAUAUCAGCCCCUCGAGACCGAAGAAUGUACACACGAUAAAAACUCAAUCCUCUGCGUCGUGAAGAAGGACUACAGCAGUAGGAAGUCAACAAAACCAAAGCAAAGAUGUGGAAUAAGGAGAGAACUGUACAUAUGAAUGAGGUUUAUACAAAGAACUGCGGUGAUUUUAACGUGUAUUUUUUACCUAGACUGGACUUCAAACCACUUGCUGAGGACUUUUCUACACCACUAGUGGAUUUUAUGCAAAGACAUUUUUUUUUAGCAGGCAGAAAAAAUGAUUGUUUUCUUUGUACUGGAUACAGUAACAGGACUGUAAGGAGCAACAUGGAGUGCCUUAUUAGACAGAGCCUAGAGAGGAGGAGGAGGAGGAGGAAAUGUUGUAAAAGGACUGAGGAAUGAGCCCAGCAGAAGAUGAAAGGGGAGAAGAGAAGAGGAAGAGGAAGAGGGAGGUAUGCAGCCCGACCAGUCGGUGUUGUUGAUUCCUCUUCAGUCGUUCUCCCCUUUCACUUUCCCUCGCUCUCUUUUCUUGUAAAGAAUUUUAAAUAUCUCGUCUUUCUUGUCUACCUUGUGAAGCUGCAUUCAGUUUUGUUUUAAAGAUCAGCUAAGCGACCGAAUCAAAGCCAAAAACGCACACAGUAUGGGAACACUAGGCGAGUUGCACACACACGUUCACUGAGGGGGUUUUCAGAUCAUUUAACACUUGUUUUCACAUUAGCAUAAGAGCCAUGUUUUUACUGGGUGGUAGGAGGAAAAAUCCUCACUGAAAUGUAAUUAAAAAUACCUUCAGUUAACAGUUCUGACCUGCAAAUGAAUCAAAUGUAAAAUAAUUCCACUAUUAUUUAAAGAAAUCUUCUGUAAAAUUAAAAUAUUUCACUUUUUUUUCUCUUUUCGUGCAAAGCUAAGCUAACCCAGCUUCAUAUUUAACACAGAUUUCAAAGAUCGGUAUGAAACUCAUUUAACUCCAAGCAAAGCAGCAUGUUAAGUGUCAAACUAUUCCUUAAAUAUGCAACCACCAGCCACUCAUUAGUUGACAAACAGAUGAGAUUUAUCAACACUGUCAUAGUUAGCCAGUUAAAGCUAACCGCUAACAAGAAGACAAAGUCAUUUGGGGUUUCCAGAUACAGCUGUUGACCAACAAAUGAAAACCAGUCUUGUGGAAACACUGAUCCAUGCACAGGGACACAUGCAAACAUUUUGCCCUGAUUCUGAACGGAAACACACAAUAAAAAGUACCCAAACAGUUCAGCAAGAGAACACGGAAAGGUGUAUUUUGGGAAAGCACAGAUUCAGUAAUACGACGCAGACGCACAUCAAAUAUUUGGAAGUAGCGAGAGAGGCUGUGCAGACACAAACCAUGCACCGACUAGCACAGACUCAACCCUGCACGCCUCGUCUCUGGCUCCAACAUGUACACACACACACACACAAAAGGAGAUAAACACACAAACCACUUACACACACAACAUCCAGGCAGACACACACAUCAUGCAGUGUCACAUCCAGUGUAAGAGACACACACUAAUUUCUCAACACUGUCUUCCCUCCCUGUGCCAUCUGGUAGUUGUCAGAGAGGCAUGCAGGGGGUGUGUGUGUGUGUGUGUGUGUGCGUGCGUGUGUGCGUGUUUGUUCAAAGGGCUCGGUUCACAUGGAUUAUUCAUUAAAGAUGAGGUUAAACUGAAGCAUAUGUCUUUGUUUGUUUACCUUAACAUUGGUUUUCCCUGAAAGGUUACACACACACACACACACACACACACACACACACACACACACACACACACACACACACACACACACACACACACACACACACACACACACACACACACACACACACACACACACACACACACACACACACACACACACACACACACACACACACACACACACACACACACACACACACACACACACACUCCAGGCUAAUCACUGGGGUUCACACCUACCUGUGUGUAUGUGCACAGUCACGUUAUACUGUUGGUUUGUGAGGGGAGCUAAGAAAACACAACAACACACUCAGCUUAUUUUACACAAAAUCGAAGGCAAAUUUCAUUUAGUCUGAUUGCUGUUUUAGCAGAUUUCUUUGCAGGGUGGCGGCAUGCACCUGAUCACGUUUCUGUGGGUCUAUCUCUCGGCCCGCCAACGCUCCAUCACAUCACACCCUCCCUCUGUAAACUCAGUCUGUUUAUUAUCCAGGGUUCACUCCGACACGAGCAGAUCACCGCCACACCUCCAGCGAUGAUAUCACAACAGCGUUAAAGAGAAAUUCUGCUGUGUGUGUGUGUGUGCGUGCGUGUGUGUGUGUGUGUGUGUACAGGACAGUUUUGUAGCUGUGAACAUGUUUGGCACAUUGUUGCUGAGGAAAUAAACAAAUCUUUGAACCUUC